AUGUCAGAAUAAGCAGAAGAAGAAUAAUAAGAAUAGUUAGAUGAAUAAUAGUAAGCAUUUCAAAGUGAUAACAAUCAAUUGGAUACUUAAAUAGUAUUAUAAAUAUGAUAUUAUUAUUAUAAUAGCCUCCUGAAGAUCCAAAUGUUUUUAUGACUCAAUAAAAAUUAGAAUAGAAUCAAGUAUGGAAAUGUUUUGAUUUUUUAUUUCCUGGAGGUAAAUUAGCUAAAUUAAUAAAAUUGAAUUAUUCAUAACCUAAAACCUUUCCUAUAACAGAAAUACUUACAAAACUGAAAUUAGAUGAUGGAUUACCUGUUGUUAAUUUUAUAGGUUGUAGACAUAAUUUUGAUAAUCCAAACUCUAAUCGUGGUAAAUUCUAUGCUGGGAUUGCUAGAGCAUGUCAUAAUACUGAUGCUGUUAUCAUUGAUAAUGCAAUCACUACUGGAAUUGAAAAAUUUAGUCUUAGAAGAAAUUGCACUGUAUUUAUAUUUAUAUAUUUCUAAGCUUAUUGGUGUUGCACCUGAAUAAGCUGUAUCAUAUCCAAAAUUAAAUCCAACCAAAAUUGAAAAAAAUGAAUUAAGUAAUGGACAUACACAUAUUUUCUUAAUUGGAGGUGAACAUGUUCAUUAUGGAACUGAAGCAUUAUUUAAAAUUAAUCUAUGCAAAACGUAUAUAAUAUAAUACCUAUUUUAAAUAAUAGAAUUGCAACCGGAAAAAUUAGUAAAACUUAAGGAAGACCAAGAUGCAAAAUUGUUAACAUUCUAUUUGCUGAUUCAAAUGAUUGUUUUGAUGAAAUUAGAGAAGCUAUCAUUAAUAAAUUACCAAUCAUUGUUGUUAGAGGAUCACUUCUUUGUAAUCAAUUCAUUGAUUAAGAUAAAAUAUAAGAUGCUGGUAUCAUUUCUAAUUUAUAUCAGAAUUUGAGGAUAUUAUGAAUGAUAAAGAUGGAUUCUUCUUCCCUCUCUAAAAAUUAGAUUCUGAAGUCAUUGCAUAAAUGGUACAUUAUCUAUUGACAUAUACUCCAUCAUAACCUAAAAAAGAAUAACCAAAAAAAUUAUGAAC